AUGAGGUUAUUCAUUCUAGUGCCCAUUCUUGCCACCAUUAAACUCUGCAGUGCUGGUUGGCCAUGUUGUUGCGGAGGAGGAAAUAAGGAUGACGAUGAGGGAUCAGAUGUGCAUACAAGGCCAAGGGGCGCUUUUAGACCUAAAAAAGUCUCUCCGGAGCAUUCUAGGAUUUAUCUAUUGUCUUCUGAAGAUUCAGUAGGACAUGAAGGCGCUCAAUCUAAUCCUCAAAAGCCCAUCAUUCUGGACCUUGCAAACCCUGACAAGACAAACAUGAACAUUUAUGAAAGCGAUAGGAACAAGGUAAAGUAUGAUGAAUACUUUCCAAAUGAUGGUUUUUACGUUUCAUCAGUUGUCAAAAGUGGGACAGAAAUAUGGAAAGCUUACGGAGAGGAGAUAUGUACAGGAGCAAGUAUGUAUAGCAAAGAGGACUCCUCUCUUCUUUCCCUAACAAUUCACAGCAAAAGUGGGUUUAGCGUUAAAUGUUUUGAGAGAAGAGAUGAAUGUUGGUAUACCGUUGGGGAAAUGAGGAGCUUUUUGGCAAAGCUUGAUAAAAUGAGAAGAUCUAGACUUUUCUCAAGUAGUUCCUCAGGACGAUCGUCUCCCACUCUAUCUCAAUGA